AUGAGCUCCUACUUCUCCUCCUACUCCUCAUCCUCCAUCUCAACCGCCCUCAGCUCCCGACUCAACAGUCUCCGGCGAGCAAUCACACUAGGCGACGAGAAAGACGACCCAGACAACGAAGACUGCUCACACAUCUCCAACGCCCUGCGCGCCUACUACACCGAGAAAGGCCGCCCCUUCCCAGCCUGGCUCCCCCCAGACCCAAAAGCACCCCAAGCCGCACCCGCCCGCGUCCUCGCAACCUCCUCCCAAUCCCCGGGCCAAGGCCAAGGCCCCGCCACCGGCGCCUACGGCCGAAGCAGUGGCGGCGGCCUAGGUGAUCUAUGGGGUGAUUCCGGCGGUGCAUCGCAAACUCCCGGAGCCCAAACAACAAGCCUUCGUCGCGGACGCGGUGGUGUCGCACCCCCUCUAGUCCCGAUGCACAGCGCACCGCCUGGUCCAAUGCAUACACCUUCCCCACCGCUCGCGCACGCCCAGUCCCAUUCGCCUACACCGUCUGGUUCAUUGCAUCCGGCUGGUGCGCGGCCGUUGCCGAGUCAGCGCUCUGGGUCGCAUCAAUCUGGUCAGCAGAGGGUUAGUCAGGACCGGCCUGGUGCGGGGUCUGCGCAGGAGAGACUCCGGGCGAGAUUGCAGGGUGGAAGGUCGCCUAGUCCGAAUGUUGAUCCUAAGGUGCGGAAGCCGGUUGGUGGACCGGGUUCGCGGUGGUGA